AUGGCCACCAGACCGCAGCCCCCGUUGGGUGUGGAGCCUGAAGGAUCAGCAGACCCACUGCACGGGCCUGAGGGGGCCGGAGGCCAGUGUAUGUCCACACAGAAAAUUGAAGACUUAAUGGAAAUGGUGAAAAAGUUGCAGAAAGUGGGAAGUCUAGAGCCCCGGGUUGAGGUCCUGAUUAACCGCAUUAACGAGGUUCAGCAAGCAAAAAAGAAAGCCAGUGAGGAGCUUGGAGAGGCCCAGACUGUCUGGGAUACCAUGCAGAAGGAACUGGACGCACUACACGAAGAGAAAGUACGUCUGAAGGAUAUCUUGAACAAAAAGCAAGAGACCCUGAGGAUUAUGCGGCUGCACUGUGAGGAGAAGGAAAGUGAGGCACAGAGGAAGCACAGCAUGUUGCAGGAGUGUAAAGAGAGAAUUUCUUUCCUGCACUCUCAGAUUGACAAUGAGAAGGACAAACUACGGCAACUGAGGAUGGAUUUUGAAGAACAGCUGGAAGCUUUGAUGAGCCAACAUAAGGACCUCAUGGAAUUUCAUAAGCCUGAACAUCUGGCUGAGGAGAUGUGCACUUUGGACAGCAGCAAGGAGCAGCUGCUCAAGGAAGAGAAACUGAUUGAGGUGAAGCUGGAGGAUGUGAAGCAUCGCCUGUCUGCCCUGUGUGGGUCUGAGGGGUCUUCUACCUUCACUGAUGGGCUCUUCCUCCGAAGCCACGAGGCAGCCGCAGCAAUGCAGAUGUUCAAGGAGGAGAACAAGAAAGCUGAGGAGCUCCUAGAGGCUGCAGCUCAGCACCACCAGCAGCUGAAGCAGAGGUGCCAACAGCUACAGCAAAAACGGCAGAGGGUGAAGGAAGAACUGGAAAAGCAUGGGGUACAGAUCCUUGCUCAAAGUCAGAAUAUGCAAGAUGAAGGAGACACCUCAUGGAGGAUGACCAGUCCCAAGCCCUUACAAGUCAAUGAGGAAAACGUCCAAGAGCCCUCACCAAGCAGGACCUGA